AUGGACUCUGCAAAUUUAUCUUCACCAACUUCGAUCUCUCGAUCCUCGACUCCAAUCCCACUGUCUAACCGUUCCAAGUCACUCAGGGACUUUGUCACACGUGUUCUAAGUCCAAAAGUUGCCAUUAUCUCUUCUCCCGAUGUCGAUCAGGAAGAGGUUCUUACUGCCCGUGAUUCACAGGGUUUGCCAAACCCCAUAGAAAACUUUGCGAUUCGCUUUUCUAGUCUGACAAGUUUGGAGCAACCAGAUGUUCAAUUGACUUCGCAAAUUCUCUCGGAUAGGGUAAAAUCGAUCAGCAAUAAUUCCUCGUCGAUAGAGGAUUUUCCACAGAUCACAGCGAAAACUGACGUUACAGAAAGGUAUUUGGAAGGCAUCAUCGCGAUAAGCUCCUCGAACAAUGAACCCAUCGCCACACUCUCGCAAAUGAACGACAUCACAUCCCCUACUCCUAUAUUUGAUAAGGGAUUCAUAGAUACCAAUAUCUUAAGAUAUUAUGUCCUCAUACAUGACAACCACAAAGUGAGCCUAGAACAUUUCUCCCUGCCCCUCUCACCAACAACGUCAACCUUAAACUCACCAUCCUCCUCAUUUACCGAAGACGUGUUGUUUAGCAAAGAGAGUGGUAAUGACUCGCAAGUUUCGCUUGGUUUGGGUUUGUCGAGUAAUGAAAUUCCAACGUUGAUUUACGGGCAGUAUCUUAGCGACGAUGAUCUCGCUGGCAUUCAUGUUUUCGUGAGGGAAUUGGUCGUUCAGAGUGUUGUGCCUUUUAUGGAACGAAACAUUCAACACUGGAAUGAGCAGGUUGCCUCGUCAAGGCGCGGAAUCACUGGUCGCAUUUUCAGUGCCGGAAGACGGUAUUUUAACGCCGGACCAAAAACCUCCGGUUCCAUUCAACAAUCUUCCUACACAUCCAACGUGUCCUCAAACGCGAUAUAUCCUCAUAAUUCCCCGGAGGCUCAAAUGCGUAAAUUGGCCGAUUGGUCUUUCAUGUUGAGGGAUUACAAGUUCGCGCACUCGGUGUAUGAAACAAUCAAAAAAGAUUUUUCGGCCGACAAGGCAUGGAAAUAUUAUGCUGGAGCGCAG